AUGUAUCCAUUAAUAAUGCUUGUUGCAUUCUUCCUGUUGGUAGAAGCAGUUGCAUCUGAUGAACCCCAACAAGCCCUACCAGGCUGCAAUAACACUUGUGGAGAUAUACUAGUUCCAUAUCCAUUUGGCAUGGGACAUUCAACAACACAAGAUAAUACACCCUGUUACAUGGAUUCUAAAUUUGAGCUCAAAUGCAUAAAAUCAAAAUUAACCUAUGGUAAAAUGAUCCCAGUCCUAGACAUAAAUCCCCAAAGUCAAAUGGUAAUGAAAUUUUUCGUCUCACGCGUCUGUACUAACAGUAGUAGUAGUAAUAAUACUGAAGAAGCGAAUGAACCUCUUCUCAACGUUUCUUCUUUCACAAUUUCAAGCACGGAAAACAAAUUCAUAACCGUUAGUUGCGACGGUUAUGGAAUUCUCAACAGUAAUUUCAAGAAUGCAACUUAUUCAAUAGGGUGCUUAACAAGAUGUCAUAAUUAUGACCAUAAAAUGGUAAUUGGGAAUAACACUGGAAAAUGCACAGGUUUAGGGUGUUGCCAAGUGGAUAUUCCUCCACUUAUGAAAAAUAUCACUAUACAAACAUUUAAAUUCCCAACAGAAACAACCACCCAGGAAGAUUGUAGCUAUUCCUUUAUUGCAAAACAAGGAUCCUAUAAUUUUUCUGUAGACCAUAUAAAUAAUCUAACUAAUCAAACUUUUCCCAUGGUUGUUAACUGGGCCGUUACAAAUGAAUCAUGUCAAAUAGCAAAAACUACAGAUAGCUAUGCCUGCAGGGAAAAUAGUGAAUGUGUCGAUAAUGAUCCAGAUUAUGAAGGUUACAGAUGCAAGUGUUUGGAAGGUUUUGAAGGAAAUCCAUACCUUCCUGGAGGCUGCACAGACAUUGACGAAUGUGCAAAAAAUUUACAUGGAUGCAAAAAUAGCGCAAAUUGCAUCAACACUGCUGGGAAUUACACUUGUUUCUGUCCUUUGGGGCAAACCGGUGAUGGAACAAAGGAAGGAGGGUGCAAACUACCUGAUAGAAAAGCAUAUUUAUAUGUUAUUGGAGCAAUACUUUUUCUUGUUAAUGUGUGGAUAAUUUACUCCUUAUACCAAAAGAGGAAACAUACCAAAUUGAAAGGGAAAUUCUUUAGGAAGAAUGGAGGUUCUAUUUUGGAACAGAAACUUCUCCAAAGAAAAGACUCGUCAUCUAAAAUAGCUAAUAUUUUCAAAGAAAGUGAGCUAACGAAAGCCACUAACAACUAUGAUGAGAGCUUAAUCAUAGGUAGAGGAAGUUUUGGUACAGUUUUCAAAGGGGAACUAGAAGAUAAUAGAAUUGUUGCUAUCAAAAUGUCGAAAACAAUAGAUGAAAGCCAAAUUGAGCAAUUCAUUAAUGAGGUGGAUGUUGUCUCCCAAAUAAAUCACAGGAAUGUGGUUAAACUCUUGGGGUGUUGUCUAGAAACAGAAGUUCCUUUGUUGGUUUACGAAUUCGUCAGCAAUGGUACUCUUUCUGAUUUUAUACACAAAGAUAAAUUGAAUAAUCCAACUUGGAAGAUUCGUCUUAAGAUAGCAACAGAGGUAGCUGGAGCUUUGUCAUAUCUACAUUCAGCUGCUUCAAUACCCAUUAUCCACAGAGAUGUCAAGAGUGCUAACAUUCUCUUAGAUGGAACCAACACUGCCAAAGUAUCUGAUUUUGGAGCUUCAAAAUUAGUACCACUUGACCAAUCUGAAAUAGCCACAAUGGUGAAAGGAACUAUUGGCUACUUACAAAAAAUUCGCCUGUUUGCGGCGGGUUUUUAG